AUGGGUACUAUCACGGUGGACACAGUUCCUACCACAAAAGCACUGCACGCGAUAAAGUCGAUUAGGGUCAUAGGUGAGAAAAAGGAUCCAAGCGGCAUUAGUACUAGUGUCAAAAGAAAGGGAGAAGAAGAAAUAAAUGCUGCCAUUGAACGAGGUCAGCGACUUGGGCGAGGCGAUGCGGUGGAGAGAGAUGGAAUAUUGGAAUUUAACGGUGGGAGGGAGAAGCAGCCGCAGCAUAGGGAGAGGAGUAUCAGCCUUUCUUUGUAA